UAUCUGAAUUACAGGAAGAAGGAAUGAAUGCCAUUAACUUGCCUCUCAGUCCGAUUCCAUUUGAACUAGACCCUGAGGACACUAUGCUAGAGGAAAAUGAAGUCCGAACAAUGGUCGAUCCAAAUUCAAGAAAUGACCCAAAAUUACAAGAACUAAUGAAGGUAUUAAUAGACUGGAUUAAUGAUGUGUUGGUAGGAGAGAGGAUUAUUGUGAAAGACUUGGCUGAAGACCUGUACGAUGGACAAGUACUGCAGAAAUUAUUUGAGAAACUUGAAAGUGAGAAGCUGAAUGUUGCUGAAGUUACUCAGUCUGAAAUAGCUCAGAAACAGAAGCUACAGACAGUGCUUGAGAAGAUCAAUGAAACACUUAAGCUCCCGCCAAGAAGCAUUAAGUGGAAUGUUGACUCUGUUCAUGCUAAAAGUCUCGUAGCAAUACUUCAUCUUCUGGUUGCAUUAUCGCAGUACUUUCGAGCACCAAUCAGACUUCCAGAUCAUGUGUCCAUUCAGGUUGUUGUUGUGCAGAAACGAGAAGGAAUCCUCCAGUCUCGACAAGUCCAAGAGGAAAUAACUGGUAACACUGAGGCAUUUUCAGGAAGACAUGAAAGAGAUGCAUUUGACACACUAUUUGACCACGCUCCAGACAAGCUCAGCGUAGUAAAGAAGACUCUCAUCACAUUUGUGAACAAGCAUCUCAACAAACUGAAUUUGGAGGUCACUGAACUGGAGACCCAGUUUGCCGAUGGUGUGUACUUAGUCCUGCUAAUGGGUCUCCUAGAAGGCUAUUUUGUUCCUCUCCACAGCUUUUUCUUGACUCCUGAUAGUUUUGAACAAAAGGUCCUCAAUGUAUCCUUUGCAUUUGAGCUAAUGCAAGAUGGUGGAUUGGAAAAACCAAAGCCUAGAUCAGAAGAUGUUGUAAAUUGUGACUUGAAAUCUACACUGAGAGUACUAUAUAACUUGUUUACCAAAUACAGGAAUGUGGAGUGAAGAAUUCAUUUGGAACAUAAAGAAGUGUUAACAAAGAAAAUAUCGUAACAUAUUUUUCACCAAUAUUCCUCUGCAUCGUUAUCCUAGAAGGAACUAAAC